AUUAUAAUAAGAUGCUUUUGGGGAGAUGCUUUAACAUUUAGUUGAGGAAAUAAAAUAAUAUAAUGACUUACCUAAUGACAUAAUGACCUAUCUGAUAAAGGCUUUAUUUUGAAGGGCAAGACCGGACGGUGCUUAAUCACGACGGUGUGACGUUGGUGGCAGCAAGGUCGAGCCGUGGCUGAGCUGCUGAACGGGUUGCAUGUCGUUCACAGGAGCAGUGACAGCGCAUGUUCGUAACGUGGUUCAGUACCUAACAGGCACUGAACAUGAUUCUGUCUAAAGAGUUAGGGGCGUCUGUACUUUAUAGUCCCACUUUAUAACAGUGGCAGCGAGUUAGCAUACAUAGUACGCGUUUAGCAUUAGCAGAUAAAUACAGCUAGCUACGAUAAGCUAGCUAGCUACCUGUAAACAUGAACUCCGCUCCGGAUCACGGACCUGUUCCCGUCACAGACACUGCACUGUCCAGCAAACCCGUCUCUGCUGUGUCGUUAGCUGGACACGUCCGGCAGGUCUUCAGUCACGUGAGGAUAGAAAACCUGGUCGCUGGGCUCAGUGGAGGAGCGGUGUCAACGCUGGUGCUUCACCCCCUGGACCUGGUCAAGAUCAGGUUUGCAGUAAGUGAUGGUCUGGAGAUAAGACCUAAGUACAACAGCAUCAUGCACUGCAUGAAGAGCGUUUGGCAGCAGGAGGGACUGAGAGGACUCUACCAAGGAGUGACACCCAAUGUUUGGGGAGCCGGAGCGUCAUGGGGUCUUUACUUCUUUUUUUACAAUGCCAUCAAAGGGUACACGAAGGAAGGCCGUCAGACGGACCUGAGUGCCGCUGAGCACCUGGUGUCUGCAGCUGAAGCAGGCAUCCUAACACUGACCCUCACCAACCCAAUCUGGGUGACCAAGACCCGCCUGGUGCUGCAGUACAAGUCAGACUCAAACAGCAAACAGUACAAGGGAAUGGUGGAUGCUCUGGUCAAGAUCUACCGUCACGAGGGAGUGCCUGGCCUAUACAAGGGCUAUGUUCCCGGCCUGUUUGGUACAUCCCAUGGAGCUCUGCAGUUUAUGGCCUAUGAAGAGUUCAAGAAAGAAUACAACAAAUACAAGAAAGUGCCUUCAGAUGCAAAGCUGAAUGCACUGGAAUACAUCACAAUGGCGGCGUUAUCCAAAAUAUUUGCUGUGGCCACAACAUACCCGUAUCAGGUGGUGCGAGCUCGCUUGCAAGACCAGCACAAUAGAUAUGAUGGAGUUAUUGAUGUCAUGAGACGGACAUGGAGGAAUGAAGGUGUCACUGGUUUCUACAAAGGGAUCAUCCCCAAUGUGAUCCGCGUCACUCCAGCUUGCUGCAUCACCUUUGUAGUUUAUGAAAACGUGUCUAGCUUCCUGCUGCAGCAAAAUGAGUGAAGCUGAGGAGACUCUGAGGUCACACGGAGACUGUGGCUCCACAUCAAGAUACAGGAAAUACAGAGAGCAAAGACUGGAACUGAACUCCCUCCUCCCUGUGAACGUCCUGAUGUGAGAAGUCUUCAGUCGAACAGAAAACUGAGCCAAGAAUCAUUUUGUGGACUUUCUGUGAGAUGUAAUGGAUAGACUCGCUAUGGGGAUGAAGCUUGUAAGUCUGUUUAAGGCUUGUAUGAUGGGAGAUGAAUCAUGAAAAUGUUUCAUCCUACUGGAAUUAUGUUUACGUUUUAUGUUUCCUUGGCAGCAGAAAGCUAAAAUGGGACAAUACAUAUACAAUAUGUAACAUCAGUUUCUUUCUCUUAAGUUAUUUUUGUGAAGAUCUUUUAGUCUGAAAUCACUUCUUAAUAAUUUUUUACAACAAAUUGUAACCGCUCUGUAAAAUUUUGUUAUUAAAGUCGAUAUUUGGUGAGA